CUCGGUCCAGAGUCAAAAUGGGCUUUGGUGUAAAUCUCGGGUGUAUUGCUGUUAUAUAUCACGUUACCUCGUAAAAACGACACUGAGGAUUCUGGGCCAACAAAUCAGAGAGGGGAGAAAAAAAGAUGAGUUUUUAUUAUGCGGAAGCGCUUCUUCGCAAAUAUACGGCGGGUCGUUCUCUGUUGUCGAACGGAGACCGGGCUUCCUGUCGGAUUACACCCAGUGGAGAGGAUUCCGUGGCGGCCAGCGCCUGCGCGCCGUCGCUGCGCGGAGGUUAUAGCGUCAAUAACGCGGUGUUUCUCAACGGCAGCCUCGCCACGUGCACCCCAGGACACCACCACCAGAACCGACGUCUCAGCGACAGCCAUCCGGAAACUCUCACCUCGCCUGCGGACCAACACCAUAACAUAUACCCCUGGAUGAGAGCGCAGGAUCCGAACCGAAAGCGCGGACGGCAGACCUACACCCAGUACCAGACCCUGGAGCUGGAGAAGGAGUUCCAUUUCAACCGGUACCUGACGCGCAGACGGAGGGUCGAGGUGGCCCGUGCGCUGUGCCUCUCAGAGAUGCAGAUUAAAAUCUGGUUUCAGAACCGCAGGAUGAAGUGGAAAAGAGAACACAAGGUGGAACCGGUGGGCUCCGCCGGGGAGCAAGACGCUGAACCGAGGCAAGACGUGGAGGCGGCGGCUGCACGCAAGCGGUGCGCCGGUGUGACGUCAGGAACAGCUGCGAAAUAAAGACCAAGAAAGACUGUUAAUUCAGAUUUAAUUUUUAAUUUUUUUUUUCAGUGUGAUUAAGGGAACUGGAAGCAA